GGGAAGCAAUGGCAGCUGGCACUGCAGCUGUUUUCUCACUCGCCGAGUCGCAACGCUGUCGCAGCCUCUGCAGCUCUCUCCGCCUUUGCCAAGGCCGAUGAGAACGCUGUUUCCGUGGCAUUGCUACGGAGCUUGGCAGGAUUGCAAGUGGAACCUUCGGCCGCCGCCUUCAACGCUGCAAGCUCUACAAGGUACUGGAAAGAGAGUCUCUUCUUCCUGCUUUGGGGAGAGGUCUUGGGGGUCGCGGCCACUGCCGCGUCGGCAGGAGCCAAAGUGAAAGCCUUCGAAUCCGGGGGUCAGUGGCAAAGCAUCCUGUCAUUGGGAAGGCUUGGUACCCAACCUGGAGGGGGAGCCGCGGGGAUGGUGUCUGCGGUGUCCGCCUGCGAAGAGGCCAGCGAAUGGGCCAGGACCACGGCGCUGCUCCUGCAGGCGCCCCUGCCGCCGGAAGCCCAACAAGCCCAGGGCCCCGCGACGGCGACGAGGUGCAGCCGCAUGCGCCGCUUUCGCGCCGCGAUGCCGUGUUUUGCUGUGCAGGGCUGGCGGGCGGCGCUCUCCAGCCUGGACCGUCCGGACCCAGGUUUGUUGUUGGCGCUACUGGCGCUCUUUGAGCCUACUCUCAGCAAUCGAUUGGCAAGGCAAGAGGAAGCCGACAGAGAGGCAGCGACGGUACCCUGUGGAUGCAACAACAAGGUAGGUGUUCUGGCACCAAAACACGCCUUGCCUGGCAUAUCGAUUGCGGCGGAUGCAGAGUGCUCUCGCCCAAAGGUCCACAAGUCCCUAACGGGAGGAAAGUACUGCAGCUGUGACGAGGGCAAAGCGAGGAACUGGAAGGAGGCUCUCGGAGAGGCUCAGGCUGAGGUGGAGAAAGUCCUUGAGCCAAAGCUCGAUGCGAUGAAGAAGGCGGUGGCCGAGCUGGAGGAGUCUCUGGGCAUCGAGAUCGACGCCUCUUCCCUUUCCAAGGUCCGGUUUCUCGUGCGGCGGUUUCCGCGCAAGGCUGGACAAGGCCUUUGGGCCUGCUGCUGCCAAAGCCAGGCCGCUGGCAAGUGCCAGAAGGAUGCUGAGAUGGAGUCCAGAUUCUGGCGAAGCGGCUUUCACCACGAG